GUCGUCUUCACAGGUAAUUUUAUGCAACCUCAGGAUCGCGAAUCAUCGUCACGUAUCUGACCAAUCGCCAUCGCAAACAAUCGAACCCGCACUUAUCUGCUUCGUACCUACUAUAAUCCUAUAUCAUCUCUGGAUUACCGUAAAAUGUACUAUGGGAUUUUACACGGGUCUUUGGGCUUAGAUGUUGCAUAGUAGACCUGUGUCCUCAUGCAAUAAAACGGGCCCGAUUAGUGUUGCUGGGCACCAGCACUCGAAGCUGGCCUAUUCUGCUCUGAAUGAAAAGCAUAUUGUAUUGGGAGGAAUUUCAAAUGAUAAAAUCGCACUGAUAUUCGAUGGGUGUAAUCGGCGCGCUUUGUCCUCACCUUUUCUUCAUCCAAGCCAACUUCCUCAAGGACACUCUUUUUCCUCUACGCACAAAUGGAUCUUAUGCACAUUUACCGACACCCAAUGCGGCUCUACAUCCUUGCCUUCAAUAUCCUCGCCAUGAUAGGGAGCGUCGGACUCACAGCCGUUGGGAUUAUCGGACUGACCAGCAACACACGCCUCUUGCUCGACUCAAGUAUUCUCUCGUGGACGUCGAUCGCACUCAGCCUGUUCAUAUUCUUGGUCUCCCUACUGGGCUGCGCGGCUGCUUUGGCGAACUCUAAAAGUGUUCUCAGCAGUUAUGGGGUCAUGAUAUCGCUGCUGAUCCUGCUGCAGCUGAGCGUCAUCAUCUUCGCACUCAGCCGACACGACAAGGUGGAUGGCAUUCUGGACAACGCCUGGCAGAGAGUCUACGACAACAAUCCUCGCAUUCUUCAGGAUAUCGAAACUCGUCUCGCCUGCUGUGGCUACUCUUCCGUUGGCGACCGAGCCGUCCCAAAGACAUCCAAGUACGCGUGCCGUGAAUCGCCCGCGUUCGGAUACACUGUUUCAUGCCAGAGACAAAUCAAGGGCGCGUACCUGGAUCAUGAGGACCUUCUCUUGAGCGUCGUCACGAGCAUCCAAUUCCUGCAGAUUCUCGCGCUGGUAGCGGCAGUGGCUCUGUGGUCACAACUGCCUCGCAGUAACGAGAUCGAGGACCGAUAUCGGGUCGAGCACUCGCAGAGACUGCUCCGAGGAAUGAGAGAGGACCAGGCACAGAGAGGAUACCGUGAUACUGGUGGCCAAGGCGAGGAACAGGAGCGUUACGGAGCGACUGAGUGGUCUAAUCGCUAGGUGCUCCUUCAUCGUAAGGACCGGCAACUGGACUCUCUCUUCUUUUUUUUUUUUGGCGGGUUCUCUUUUCUGGCCCUCGCAUGUUCAAACAACCGUGCACUCCGUGCGAUCAACAAGGUUUCCGAGUUGUUUUUGCUUGCUUGCAUGGCAACCCUCUUUCUCGCCUCCCUCUUCAAACGUUGCGGACGUCCAUGUGCUGCGAAUAAAAAUACCGCGGG